UUGGCUAAAACACUACUCAUCUUCGUAGUUUCUUGCCGUGAUGUUUCAAGCUUUGUUAACAAAACUCAAAAAUAAUGCGGCUUUGGGAGCAGCUGCAAAUAACUUGAACAAGUUCAGAAGUUCGAAUCUUGGUAAUCAGAGACGUUCUGUCUCAGUUGCUGUGACAUCAACAUCUCCGAAAUCGGAAAAGCCAGUAGCCAGGGAACAUAUGAUUUAUGAUGAAACUCAUUUUGUCAUGCAGAAGAGUUUGGGAAAACUUAUCGAAGAAAAAAUCAAUCCAAAUGUGGCAAAAUGGGAACAAGACGGGCGGUAUCCAGCACAUUUGGUAUUCAAAAUGCUUGGAGAUCAUGGUGUUUUUGGUGUUAAUAAACCAGAAGCAUUUGGUGGAACUGGAACGGAUAUUGCAAUGGCAACAGCAAUUGCUGAGCAGAUGGGAGCAAUUAAUUGUGGAUCAAUUCCAAUGUCAGUUAUGGUUCAGACUGAUAUGAGUACACCUGCACUUGCACAGUUUGGUUCUGAUGCUCUUCGCGAAAGAUUCCUUCGUCCAUCAAUCACUGGAGAUCUUGUCAGUUCAUUGGCUGUAUCUGAACCACAUGCUGGAUCCGAUGUAUCAGCUGUGCACACACACGCACGUCGUCAAGGAUCUGACUUGAUAAUCAAUGGUUCGAAAAUGUGGAUUACAAAUGGUGGUCAGGCGGAUUGGGCGUGUGUUCUUGUGAACACAUCAAAUACAUCGAAUGUUCAUAAGAAUAAAUCGUUGGUUUGUGUUCCAUUGGAUGCUGUUGGAGUUCAUAGAUCAACUCCACUGGAUAAGUUGGGAAUGAGAAGUUCGGAUACUGUUCAGUUAUUUUUUGAAGAUGUUCGCGUCCCUUCAUCUUACAUAAUUGGAGAAGAAGGUCGUGGAUUUGGAUAUCAAAUGAAACAAUUCAAUGAUGAACGUCUUGUAACUGUUGCUGUUGGCCUUCUUCCACUUCAAAAAUGUAUUGAUGAGACAAUUGAAUAUGCAAGGGAUCGAUUGCUUUUCGGAAAGACUCUUCUUGAUCAACAAUACAUUCAAUUCCAAUUGGCUGAGUUGGAAGCAGAGCUCGAGGCAACUCGUGCACUGUUGUAUCGAACUGUUCUGGCACGAAGCCGUGGAGAUGAUGUGAGCAUGUUGACUGCAAUGGCAAAAUUGAAGAUUGGAAGAUUGGCUAGAGCUAUUACUGAUCAGUGUUUGCAGGUGUGGGGAGGUGCAGGAUAUUUGAAUGAAAAUGGAAUUUCGAGAGCUUUCCGAGAUUUCCGUCUUUUCUCGAUCGGAGCCGGUUGCGAUGAGGUCAUGAUGAGAAUCAUUCAUAAGGCUCAGUCACGUAGACAACUGAAGAAGGCAUAGGAUUGAUUUAUUCCGUAGCUAUUCUAUUUUCCUUUCUGUAGUAUUCUCGCAAUAAAAUUUUUUAUUGUG